AUGAUUUACCUGUGGCAGUACUUUCUUGAAGACAACCUCGAUGCCUUCCGUCAUUACCUGGCUGAUGCCACCUUCAAUGUUGGCUCACACAAGGGACCUGGGAGUCAUAUCUCACACAAAGGUGGCAGCUCCACACUGCCGUCGACUUCUCCAGCCACCACAUUCAUAAAGAGUAGGAAGAGCUUGGAAAACACAGGCAGAGCGUCUCGGACGUCAUGGAAACAAGAUCAAAAGUCGUAUCAAGUAAAUCUGACUCGUGCCGACGUUAAUGCUAAAGAUGCUUAUGGUCGGACUCUCCUUCACCUUGCCGCCUCAUCUUCCAGUCCCAGCGCCUUUGGCUUUGUCGAAGCCCUGCUCCAAACCCCUUUCAUCGACCUCUAUAUACAGGAUCUGGAGAGUGGAUGGACAGCGCUACACCGAGCACUGUACCAUGGCCAUGUCAGCAUUGCCCAGGCUCUGAUGUUGAGAGACAUUGACGAUCCGACGGACUAUGCAUCAACCAUAGUACCACAUGUUUCUGGAGGUCUUGUCAAAAUCAAAGACCAUGAAGGAAAUAGCCCGUUCGAGGUAUUCGCGUUGACCAUUGCCGCUCGAGACCUGCAGCAUCCGUCAUUGGCCAUUCCUCCUCCAAAUCCGGAGGAUUCCAUUUCUGUGAAUAGCUUCGACGCCGACGACGACGCCGGCGUUGAUGACAGAUCGUCAAGGCACCUAGUCAAACCCAAAAUCAACCUUCUAGGAGAUGAGGUGUUCGCUUUUGGGAGUAACAAGAAUCUAAAUCUUGGUCUUGGUGAUGAGGACGAUAGACAAUUUCCAGAACAAGUAACCUUAACUCGCCCUGAGCAGCUGCUACAUUGGCUACAUAUCGAUGCUCAGAUCAGGUGGUCGAAAGACUUCUGGGACCAGGACUUGUUCCCAAGCCAAUCUAUGACCCUGCCUGCAAACCGUUUGCCUGCUAUCGUCAAGCACCAGCGGGUUGUUAUCCAGGACGUCAUCAUGUCGAAACUUCAUACCGCUGUGAUCACCAAUGACCCGGAAUCUAAUGUAUAUGUAUGCGGCUUUGGACCUGGCGGCAGGCUAGGCACCGGAGACGAAUCAACCAGAUUCAGCUACGUCUGCCUUCAGGCAGGAGGACUAUCUAAGAAGCAUGUCGUGACUGUUGCACUUGGGCAAGACCAUUCCAUUGCUGUCUGUGAGCAAGGGGAAGUCUUCACAUGGGGAAGCAACAGGUAUGGCCAGCUCGGCUAUAGCUUACCUCAAUCAUCCUCUACUACAAACGACUACCCAACGCAGCUGACACCGCGACAACUUUUUGGCUCAUUGAAGAAGGAAAUGAUUGUAGGAGCAGCAGCAUCCUCGUUGCACUCAGUCGUUUUCAGCUCUGUUGCUCUUUAUGCAUUUGGCAAAAACGAGGGACAGCUGGGACUGAUGGAUGCUGAUGCCAGGUCACUUGAAAUGCAGGUGAUUCCACGAAGAGUAGGAGUCUCGAUACUACAAUCACCAAUACUGAUGGUCUCGGCAAUUGAUAGAGCGACUACGAUAUUGCUCGAAAGCCAUGAGGUCAUUGUCUUGACCCACUUUGGCUGGACGAAAGUAGUCUUCCAACUUGAAGGCUUCACCAAUUAUUUCUUAAAUGGCAGCUCUGCAACGCGCUAUGAUCCUGCAGGCAACUUUAUAUCGAAGAUCACCAGUGGUGGCAAUAGUAUAUGUGCAUUGUCAACCUUCGGGGAAGUCUUUUCAAUCGACGUCAGUAAAAAGCAGGACGCUUUAGCCACGAACCAGUCUACCACGAACCCUUCCAAGGCCCGCAACGCGCUCCCACAACCUUCUAAGCUCUGGUCCAUUGGGAAGUCACACAUGUCCGCACGAGACAUUGCGAUUGGCCAGGACGGCUCUAUAAUUCUUUGCACAGCCUCAGGCUCUGUCUGGCGCAAAGAGAAACGUACCAAAAUUAAGCAAGCUAGUACCAAGGGAAAUGCAACUAAAAUGAAAGAUUACAAAUUUGCUCGCAUUCCGAGCAUUAAUCGAGCUGUAGGGGUCCGAAGCAAUGCAUAUGGAGCAUAUACCGCGAUUCGUAAAGAUUGCGACGUAAUGCGAGAACAGAUAAUUGUGGAUCCGCAGUCAAUAUGGGACACAAUGUUCACCAUGCUCCCAUUCAAGGAUCUGGCUGCUCCGAGUCAUGAUGAGGAUUCUGAUAUGGAAAAUCCAAGGCCAAGAUUCUGGACUCCAGCCACAAGCUCAUCGAGUCCAGCGCAUAUCAAACAAGCCAUCUUGGUCUCAACCGAUAUUGAGGGCCAGGUGCAGAAGCUCCUAGCGAGGCACGAACUAAUGGUAGAAUCGCAAUAUGAUCUGUGGAUUACCUCCUCAGUGGGUGACGUCCGAAUUCCAGCACAUUCGUUUAUUGUCAAGGCACGAAGUCGUGUUCUAAGACAUGCUUUAGCAAGCUUUCAACAGUCCUAUUACUUCUCAAUUCCCGAUGUUCUUUCAAUCGAGUAUGGGCCCGAUGGACAGAUAAACUUAAUCUUUCUAGGCGCAGAUUUCCUCACAAUACUCAACUAUGUAUUCUACCUUUACACGGAGAAUAUUGCUGAUGUAUGGCACCAUACUCAGAAAAGACCCCAUAUGGCGACCAAAUACCGACAAGUUCGUUUAGAUCUGAUGAAGUUUGGAGCCACUCUCGAGAUGAGAUGUAUGGAACGGGCUGCACGAGUCAUGACAGAACCUGCCAAAUGCCUCCAUAUGGACAUGGAGAUUGCUUUCAAUGAUCCGACUUUGUUCAAAGAUGCUGAUGUCAGGAUAGAGCUUGCCAAUGCAGUUGAAAUCAAAGCUCACAGCGCAGUUCUUAGUCGCAGAUGCCCUUUCUUUGAAGGGCUAUUCAUCGGCCGAGCAGGUGGCUCAUGGCUGAGAGAUAGACGGGACAGGGCUAACGAAAAUUCGGACUUAAUCCGAGUUGAUCUGAAGCACGUAGAAGAACAGAUCUUCCGGAUGGUGCUCCGACACAUUUACGCAGACACUGGCGUGGAAAUUUUUGACGAGGUUGUAACAGCUGGCCUUGAUGAAUUCAUCGAUUUCAUCAUUGAAGUCAUGGCUUUGUCCAAUGAACUCAUGCUUGACCGGUUAACCCAAGCCUGUCAGAAAGUGCUGGGUCAAUACGUGACGACUAGAAACGUCUGCCAGCUACUCAACGCCGUUGCGCCUUGUUCAGUCAACGAGUUCAAACAUGCUGCCUUGGAGUACAUCUGUCUCAACCUCGAGACGAUGCUCGAGCACAGAUUGCUCGAAGAACUAGAUGAGGACUUGCUCAUGGAACUGGAUCAAAUGGUUCAGGAAAAUCAGCUGGCUUGUCUUCCAUUCGCCAGAAGCGGUAGAGCUGAAGCUGAGUUGUUUGAUCAGUAUCCCGAACUCGUACCACAAAUUGUGCAAGGAAGGCAAAGAAUGGUCGAUUCGCUCAGACUCCGUUCUCGUCUACUCGAGAGCGAGGAUCGUGUUCUAAGUGCUCAAAAGUCGCGAGGUGCAGGACUAGAACGUGCUAGCCUGACUUCGCCUUCUUCCAUCACCAGGCAGUCUGUCAAGGUCGACAAGCAUAUUGCCGUGGCAGAUCCGGCGACGGCGUCUAAAGUACACGGUUCGGAUAUGCUGUUCGAAAUGGAUGAUGGACAUGAAUUCGAGUGUUCGGUUGAGUCGCCAGCCCUAUCCUCCACUACCGAGACCAAAUACAGGAAUGAUGAAGCUCUACCAGACAACGUGCCUCCGCUUCCUCAUUGGCAGCACGCACCGCGUGGGCCUGGGAACAGUGUUCAUUCCAAGCCCCAAGGCCCAGCAGGGAGCCCAAGCGGCUCGUCGCUUCGCCAAGAUCGUUUAUCAACUUCAACUUUGGGGAAGCAUCCUGGUGUUUUGGUCGACAAAUCAGCAGGCACUGAGACGUUCGUUAAAGCGUGGGAUAGUCCUUUAGCUGGUCCUGUGAAAACGAACUUUCAGGACAUCAUGGCGCAAACGGCCUCGAAGACGUCAAAUCUCACGCUAGCAAUCAAUCACAGAGAUGCACAAAUGAAAAGAGCUCCACAAAGGCAGUCGCAAAGGGAACGAAAGAAGAUUCAACAUCAACAAAGCCAGGAAAAUGUCCCUGGUCCUCCCAAUGAGGUACUUAGCAACCCCGACUCACCCAUUUCUUCACAUAAGCCAAAGUCGCCAUGGCAAAUAGUUCCAAAGGGACCAAGGUCUCCGUCUUCCCAAAAGGAACCUCCUCAUGAUUCUUUUUCGCAACACGCAAGUCCUCGACCUGCAAUGACAAUGCGACAGACUGUCGCGGGUUCUUCUACGACCCCUAGAGAGAUUACACCAGCCAAACCGAAACCUCAUCCUCGAAGUGUCUCCAUACCUAGUGUAGGACGGUCUUCUGAGCCCAAACCACAGAUUCAGUCAAUUCGCCAUACUUCUGCCACACCUACCGUCUCAAGCUCUCCAUUAAGCGCUUAUCAUUCAAUGGCCGAUAUACUUGCGCAACAACAGGGCGAAAAGACAGCCAUCAAAGACGCCGUAGCGAAAAGAUCGCUGCAGGACAUUCAACAGGAGCAGGAGUUUCAGGAAUGGUGGGACACUGAGGCCAAGAAGGUGCAGGAGGAAGAGCAAGCUUCUGCCGCUGCGGCAGCGAGGGCGACGGCGAGCAGAGGAGAAGGGGGCAGAAGAAGGGGUGGGCGCAGGAAAGGUAGUGGCAGGGGUGGAGGUGGAGCAUCCUCGAAUGACCCCGAGAUUCGGACGGCGGUUACUGCCGGCCCUUCGCAAGGUGAUGACAAUGCUAGAGGGCGAUCUGAGAAGAAGGCGAGAGGAAAGGGGGAAAGAGGGCAUGCUGUGGAUAUUGAUGACGUCGCAAGAAGCAAGAAGCAAGAAGCAAGAAGCAAGAAGCAAGAAGCAAGAAGCAAGAAGCAAGAAGCAAGAAGCAAGAAGCAAGAAGCAAGAAGCAAGAAGCAAGAAGCAAGAAGCAAGAAGCAAGAAGCAAGAAGCAAGAAGCAAGAAGCAAGAAGCAAGAAGCAAGAAGCAAGAAGCAAGAAGCAAGAAGCAAGAAGCAAGAAGCAAGAAGCAAGAAGCAAGAAGCAAGAAGCAAGAAGCAAGAAGCAAGAAGCAAGAAGCAAGAAGCAAGAAGCAAGAAGCAAGAAGCAAGAAGCAAGAAGCAAGAAGCAAGAAGCAAGAAGCAAGAAGCAAGAAGCAAGAAGCAAGAAGCAAGAAGCAAGAAGCAAGAAGCAAGAAGCAAGAAGCAAGAAGCAAGAAGCAAGAAGCAAGAAGCAAGAAGCAAGAAGCAAGAAGCAAGAAGCAAGAAGCAAGAAGCCUCCCAAUUCUGUUCAAUCCAGAUGCCAAUCGCAAUUGCCCAUGGCCCUGCUGUUUUCCAAUGUUACACUGAUCUUACGCUGA